GAGCUUCCUACCAGGCAAAGGAAACACGUUUAGGCGAAUAAACACUCGACUUCUCAUCCGGGAUUUUCUAACAAAGGAAACCGCAAUCCACAGCGCGCGAUAAAAGGUUUGUCAAUAUCUGUUCAUCGAGGUGGGCCUGAAUCUCUUCGCUCUGAAAUGGCAAUUCUUCGGUCCAACAAGGAGCAGAGGAUCAAGAUUGUGGAGUUGAACCCGUUCAUAACGUGUGAACUAUGCCAGGGAUAUUUGAUCAAGCCAACAACCAUUGCCGAGUGUUUACACACAUUCUGCAGAAGUUGUAUUGUGCAGAAUCUUCAAGACAACGAGGAAAACAUCUGCCCGAAGUGCUCCACUGUUAUUCACGAAACCAACCCAUUUGAGAUGCUAAGAUCAGAUCAAAUGUUAGAGGAUAUUAUAUUUAAAUUGGUGCCAGGACUACAAGAAAGAGAAAGGCAUCGUUUAGAGGAAUUCAACAAAAAUGUGCGAUCAGGGAAGAAGGACUUAGGCUCGGUUAAAAACAGGCAAAAAGACACAUUAACAGAUGAACCUCCUCAAAAAAAAUUCAGAAGCAUGUCACGUAAGGCACAACACUCAGAUGACUCGGACGGUAAUCACAACUUCCACAGAGACGAUCCACAGAUUGGUGUCUGUCUUCAAUAUCUCAGGUAUUUUGCAAAGCAAUACUUUGUUUCUGAGACUCUGAGUUCAUAA